AUGUCAAUUACCACUGAUAAUCAGAAAUAUAAACAAUCCUCUAUUGUAACAAAAUAUCUUAAACAACCAUGGAUGCUUACAUUACAUAUUUGUAUAACAUUUAUAAUGUUAUUGGCGAAUUCAUUUUCCAGUUGGAUAAUUGUGAAUGAUUUAAAUGAACUAAGUCCUGGGCUAGUAUAUGAUAAAAUUUCAAGAGUUCUCAUAGGUUGUUUAAUUCUGUUCAAUAUUAUUGAAUUAACUCUAAGCUUAUUAGAACUACUUUUGUGGAUUAAUAUUUUGAAAAAGAAAUUUAAAUUAUGGCUUCUUAUUGAUUGCAUAACUAUAGUCAACACUUUGUUAGCUGAAAUUCCUCUAAGUAUUAUUUAUACUUAUACAUGUGCAUGUCAAGAAUCUAUCACUUCAAUUGGUUUUCUGACAAAAGGAAUCUUCACCAUCAUAUUUAUUUGUCUACGUUUAUCAAUUUGUUUAAUUUCAUAUAUUCACCAGAAAUCAAAUGACUCUUACAUUAGUAAAUCAACAACUAGUACAAUGCGAGAAAGUCAAUAUCUACUACACAGUCAUAAAUGUGACAAAGAAUUCAAUAAAACUUCGAAUGAUUUAGAAGAAAAUCUAAUUUGGAAACAAAAUUAUUGGGCAUUAAUACGAGUCAUGCUAGUCACAAGUUUCUUCUGUUUAAUUAUUUUAAUCUGUACAAUGUUCAGUUUCCAAUUUGUUCAACCAUAUCCUAAUUAUUAUUUACAAUGGUCUCAUAUCAAUGAACAAGAUACAACGCAUAGUUCCUUCUUAAAUUUAAUUACUAAUCAUUAUUUUCAUAAUGUGGAAAUAUUUUUAGAAGAUAAUUCAAAUCGUUCACAAACAAAAUGGUUUCAUUUAUUAUGCUUAGAUCAGAUUAUACGUUUAAAACACAUCAAUGCAAAUGAAUCAGUUACAUUGGCAUUUUAUACUUAUGGUAGAAAAAAAUACAUUGAAUUUAAACAAACUAUUUAUUAUCAAAAUAAUACAAAAGAGCAUGGAAGUUCAUGUUGGCAAAAAAUAAAUCAAGAUUUAUAUAAAGAAUUCAUUUGUCCUACACCAGGAACGCAUAAUGUUAAAUUAAUUCAAGGUAUUAAAGUGUAUUUCACUUAUAUUCCACCGUCAAAGAAACAACGUCUUGGAACUGUUUUAUAUAAUGCGACCAGAGUUACCACUACCAGACAUAAAGUUGGUGGGGAACGUGAUCUGAAAUUAAAAUAUUUCCAAAACACUAUAGCUGAUUUCUCUUCAAAAAAACCAAUGUCAUCACAAAGUAACCAUGAUCAUGAUGAAUGGUCAAGUGGUCCGUUUAGAUCAAAUAAUCUUCAAGCUGAUGAUCAACAGUACACAAAAUACCGGAGUUCAGACCUUGUGUCUAUUAAGGAAUUGUGGAAAACAGGUAUUGCGAAGUGUCAAAGUACGGCACCUAUGGGACCACAGAGGAUGUAA